CUGCCUUCUUGAUAGUUUAUAAUAUACAACUCACACUUAAUUUUUAUUCUUGCUAUACUAUGACACCGUUACACAUUAACACAUCCAUAUUUUAUGUAUGUAUAUUAUAAAUAUUAUGCAUGUGUUCAGAUCGAAGUCCUUUUAUAAUUUUUUAAACCCUGGUCUUUGUGAUUUCAUAUAUAUAUAAGCUUGUAGUGCAUAUAUAACCCACUCAUCAACUCGUUGUUGGCAUCAAGAUCAGCAUCAAAAUCACAUAUAAAACCUUUAUCCUUUACAAAACAAUAAGAAUGGAUCAUCUAAUUUAUCCUUUUCCUCCAGCACCAAGGUGGUGGUCGGAACAAACAACGGCGGUUGUGACCGGAGCAAACAAAGGUAUAGGUUUUGAGGUGGUGAAGAAGUUGUUGGAGCUUGGACUAACUGUAGUAUUAACCGCAAGGAACGCCGAAAAUGGAAGCCUCGCCGUCGAUUCCCUCUGCCGUGCUGGCUUUCAAAACGUUCAUUUCUGUUGCCUUGACGUCUCUGAUCCUUCUUCAAUCGCUGCCUUUGUCUCCUGGUUUCGUCACAACUUUGGAGUACUCGACAUUCUGGUGAACAACGCCGCCGUUUCAUUUAACGCCGUCGGUGAAAAUUUAAUCAAAGAGCCAGAGACCAUAAUCAAGACCAAUUUUUACGGUGCCAAGCUUUUAACGGAGGCGCUCUUGCCGGUUUUCCGCCGGUCGGUCUCCGUUAGCCGCAUCCUUAACAUUAGUUCAAGGCUUGGCGCAUUAAACAAACUGAGAAACCCUAUUGUAAGACAAACCCUAGAAAGUGAAGAGCUUACCGACGAACAAAUCGAUGCGACGGUGACUCAGUUUCUCGAAGACGUGAGCAGUGGGACGUGGGAGAAGCAAGGAUGGCCGGAAAAUUGGUCGGACUACGCCGUCUCCAAGAUGGCUUUGAACGCUUACUCUAGAGUUUUGGCUCGACGUUACGACGGCAAAAAACUAAGCGUGAACUGCUUCUGUCCUGGCUUCACACGUACGUCUAUGACCGGUGGUCAGGGGACUCACACGGCGGAGGAUGCUGCCGCAACCAUCGCCAGGUUGGUUUUGCUUCCACGGGAGAAGUUGACCUCCGGCAAGUUUUUUAUGUUCUUAGAACAUAAGAAAAUUAUUUCCAGGUUAUGAUUUUUAUAGAUAAGAUCAUUAUGAUUAAAUUAUUAACUGAUUACUAUAGCAAAAUAAAUAAAUUCGUAUGAUAAUUCUCUGCGAAUUAAUAUACUAAAUUGUUUUAUAUUUGUGCAGUGUAUUGAUAAAUAAUGAAUUUAUAAGAGCAGACCAGUUUCUUAAA